AUGAAUUACCGAGCCUGGCUGUGGCAGCUCUUAAUGCUGACUCUACUGGCACUUGGUCAGGCUAAGCGUCCUUUGACUGUGGCGCUCAAGAACUUCAGCUGUGCGGCCCUUGUGCCUGCCAUUACGAACGAGUUCAGCUGCAUUUUCAAUAGAAAACGCAACGAUCCUUCCAUGAGCGUGCGCUUCAAGCUCAACGAGGCAGUCAAACAGUUUAGUGUCCUGGUGGAUUUUGAUAUUCUGAAAAGGGAUAACACCAAAAUGAGCGUGGCACACAUCAAACUCGAUGGCUGUCAGUACUUGAGGUCCGCGUUUAAAAACAACUUUUAUGGCAAGAUAUUCACCAGGCUGCAGAAAGUGAGCAAUUUACCCAAAAGCUGCCCAGUUCAGGCCAACAAACUGUUUGAGAUACGCAACUAUACAAUUACACUGGACAAAAUUCCUGUCGCAAUGCCCGCCUUGACAUACCACGUGCGAUUAAAAAUAUUGAAAUUUGAUGAGAAAAUUGGCGAUGUCUUCAUUGAGGCGGCUGUUGUAAAUUAA